AAAGGGAGGGUGAUAGACUGCUACCCACUCAUUCAUUCAAUCAUAAACCUUCCACCUUCUCUCCCCACCCCCUCCCACAAAACCACCACUCCCCAAACUGUUGCCCCCACGCUAGUUUUUUCACCGCGCACCGUCCCUUUUGCAUCCCUCCCAACAAAAUCCCCUUAAAACCAAAACAAAAAAAAAAAACAGACGAGAAAAAAAAAAAAAAGUCAGUGUUCCAGGCAACAAUUUGCUCAACAUUGUAACUGUCAGAUGCGGGCAUUGUACUAAUCUGCUGUCCGUGAACACGAGCGGUUUGCUUCAAACAGUCGCUCUUCAAGAUCUUCAGCAACUUCAGGCUCACAAUGUGGGAUCUCAAGAAUACCGUAUGGAGUGUGGAUCAUCAUCCAAAUGCAACAGGGCUUCUUUAAUGCACUCAAUGUUGAAUGAUCAACAGCAAACACCACCAAUACAUCCCCCACAAAAAAGACAGCGAGUUCCUUCUGCCUACAACAGGUUUAUCAAAGAGGAGAUACAAAGGAUAAAGGCUAACAAUCCAGAUAUUAGCCAUAGGGAAGCUUUCAGCACUGCAGCAAAGAAUUGGGCACAUUUUCCUCACAUCAAUUUUGGUCUGAAUCUCAACGGCAAUAAACAAGUAAACCUUGAUGAUACUAUUGAUGCACCAGGAGGCCAAAAAUCCCAGCGUUUCCAUUGAGAAGAUUAUAUUGUGAGGAGGUUCUGCUACAUUUAUUUUUGAACUCGUAUUCUACAAGUCAAAGUAUGAGGUCUUAAUGAUCCUGUAUAUUAGAAUUUAUUUGUGGAAAGAGCAUAAUAUUUAAGUACUCGGUGAUUGGACGUGUAGUAAUUUCAAUAUUCACGACUAAGAAUACACAUCAAACUAGUAAAAUUAUUCAAACAUUUUCUUCAA